AUGAGGCUUCUACUGCUCUGGGGCUGGAUCAUUAUUCCAGGUUAUGAAGCCUUGGUGGGUCCAAAGGAAGUCAGUGGGCCAGAGGGAAGUUCUCUGUCUGUGCAAUGUUCCUAUGAGGAUAAGCAUCAAGAAAAGAGGAAAUAUUGGUGCAAAGUCAAGGGAAUAAUUUUUAGCCACUGUGACACUUUCAUCAUUACGGAGGCAGGGAAAGAAGAGAUGGUUGGCAAGGUGUCCAUCAAGGACAAUCCUGAAAAUGGAACAUUCACUGUGAUCAUAAGGGAAGUCACCUUGAAGGAUGCUGGGAAAUAUCUGUGUGGGAUUUCCCUAAUUGGAUUUGAUGAGGUUUUUGCAGUCACUGUGGUUGUUUUUUCAGGGCUCAGGAGUUCUGUCUCCCCAAACCCCUCCCCUCAGCCUUUCUCUACAAGGAGUGUCCAGCAAGGGGCAAAAGUUUGGAAAACUCAGUCUCCAGAGUUGAGGCUUGGGAGUUCUGUCUCCUCAGAUCUUGCCCUUCAGCCUCUCUCUACAAAGAGUGUCCAGCAGGGGGCAAAAGUUUACCCAAGAGUGAACACCAGAGCAGAAAUCCUUCGAAGGGGCCAAGAGACCCUACAGACAAGAACCCAACAACAUGCGGGCCAAGCAGUCACUUCCCACCAUAGCUCCAGUGAUAUGAACCCAAGGUCCAGGCCUUCCAUCCCAUUGAUCCGCUUCUGGCUCCAUGCAUCAUCCUCCUGUUGCUAUUGGUGGUGA